AUGAGCGCCGAACAGCCCAGAGUGCCUCCGCGCCCAGCUCGCACCCAGGAGAGAGCUGCAGACCCCACCAUGAAUGCUCCAAUAAUUCCUCCUCGUCCCCAGCGACGCAAUGAGAGAUCCGUCUCUCCCAUGAGAGGAGAGUACACCCGUUCUCCCCUGAACGACAUGCCGCCCACCACUAGUCCCAGCGCCAAUGGCAAAAUGUACAGCCAGAGAAACCUCUCGGCCCAGGACCUGCCUCCUCGUCCUCCAAGUGUCAGCCUUCCCUCGAUUGGCCAAGAAGGCAGUGAAUACGCCAACCUCCAGGAGGAAGAACAAGCAGCUGCUGAACAGCACCGAAACAUUUCCCCGGACUUGCCCAUGCACGCUCCUACGGCAUCUGUGCCCCAGUCGACGGCCAAGUCCAGAAUCCAGACUGUGACCCGCACCGACUCCAGUCAAGCUGCCUCUCACGGAAUCGGCUCGCCUGGCGAAGCCGUGCACCCACUGAGAGCAAAGGCGAGCUUCAGUCGCUCCAACUUGUCUCUGUCUCAUGAGCCUACCGAGGAGGACGAGCACGGCAUUCCCGAGAUCGGUCUGCAAGUUCCCAUGUUGAAAUACGCCGGUGAUGUCCAGGCCCCUACACCAGCUCCCUCAAAGGCCGGUACGCCGAGUAUCAGCUUCAACGAUGCUGCGCCUCGCAACCACCACCGCAAGCGUAGUUCGCGUCAGGAGUUCCACGGUCCUCCCGGUAGUUACGGUCUCCACGGCCAUCGUCAGGACCCCAAGGAUCAGUUUGAGAAGGCAUGGUAUGCCAAGCACCCGGAAGAGCUUGUCAAGGAACACCGUCCUUAUGAUCCUGGUCACGCCCCUGGUGACUGGGCUUUGAGCAGUGACGACCUCAACAAGCUGGUUCAUCAGAACUCUGGUCGUGGUCUUGGGAUGGGUAAGCUAUGCAACUCUUGUUUCUUCCGCUUUUGUGAUGCUAACAUCCAUGUCCAGGCAUUNUCGCCUGCUGCCAUUGGCACACCUGACGAGUCGAUCGGUUUCGCAGCUUCCGAAGCUUACACUUCUCGCAUGAACUCACCCAAGCCUUUGUCAAGCCUCAGCAAGCGUCCAUCAAGCGGCGCUCCGCCCGCAAUCGAGUCUCCUCUGAGAAAGGAGUCCUUCACUCAGAAAGAGCUUACACAGAACGACAAUGCUCUAGAAAGCGAGGCCGAGGAUGAGGUCAUUCACAUUGANCCCCCAGCCCAUCGUCACAGCAAAAUUCACGGUGGUGGUUACGACCCUCCCACUGUAGACCUUGGUCCAGAAGGAGGCAACACCAGCGAGCGUGGCGGCUGGGUCAUCGAGAAUGGCGAUGGUAUACCCAUCUUGGCCUCUGACGAGGUUGCCAAAAACAAUCCCGAGGCCGUCUACUGGCAGCCUGCUGUUUCACCUUCAAAGGAAAGANNAAAAGGCAACGACUACUAUGAUGCAUAUGCUUCGGAUUCUUCAGCGACAGGCGUAUCUCGCAGACGCAGUGGUGAGAAGCUUAGAACCAGCAGUGGAGGUAACCUGGCAAGAUUCAAGUCUCACGAGGCUCAACCUUCUGGUACUGGUACGCCUCUGGAGGAAAUCGAGGAGUACGAGCCUCUUUUCCCCGAGGACGACGACAAGCCUCAGCAGCCCCUUACUGUCGCUGAUAAACUCAAGCGUCCCGAUCUGGCUCGCCACCAUUUCCCUAGUCAAGACAUCUGGGAGGACACCCCCGAAAGUCUGCAGUAUCAGACCGAGGUAUCUGGUCCUCAAGAACCUGAAGAUCUCCAAAGCUCUGCUACUUUUGAAUCUCCAGAGAAGGAACAGGCACGUAAGAUGGGCAACAAUCCUGAGGACCGUGCCGACUUUCUUUCUCAGGAAGCUAAGAGCAUGGCCAAGACUGGUUUCAAGCCUGGAGUUUCUGAUGAGAUGAGCCGCCCUAGCUACAAGAAUCGUUUCCCAAGUAGGGAUGUCUGGGAGGACUCGCCUGACAGUCUUCAGCUGGAGACUACCGUUGAUUCUCCUCAAAUGGAAGAUGAGGACGUGUCAAGUCCAGCUGAUAUCAAGUCACCUAUAGUUCCUCAGCGACCUGUUCGCUCUUCCAAACUUUCCGAGGUGUCGACUCCCGAACCUGAAGAGAGUACUAAGCCUCAGGUUCCUGCAAGGCCAGUUGGUCAACAAGCUCCGUCAAUCCCGGAGCGCCCCAAGCCUCAGGUGCCUGCCAGACCUGCAAGAGCUGAAAAUACUCAACCUCAAGAUGGCGCGUCCACUGACAGAUCUGUAUCGCCUGAAAAGGCAAAGGCCAAGCCCGCAGUUCCUGCAAGGCCGGCAGGCAACAAGUUCGCCGCACUCAAGGCUGGCUUCCUCGAAAACUUGAACGCACGUCUUGGCUCUGGUCCCCAAGCUCCUCCCAAGCAUGAAGAGCCUGCUGAAGCACCCGCUGAGGAGAAGGCUCCUCUUGCCGAUGCUCGCAAGGGCCGUGCUAGAGGUCCUGCUAGAAGAAAGCCUGCUGCCGAGUCUGCCGCAGUUCCUGCAGCUGCAUCUGGUGCAUCAACUCUUUCUAUCGGUACCACAUUUACCAUCUUCCAGAUCAACGAUCAAGGAAAUUUGUCGGUACCCAUUGAUCAGCUCUCGUCAACUCUAGCCAAGGGUGCUCAGGAGAUGGAGAAGUUGGCUGCAGCAAACACCGAGGGUGCUGCCCCUGCCUCUUCAUCUUCAGCCGCUGACAACGAGAAGACUGUCCUUUCUGGACUUCCUGCUCAGGCAAUCGGCCACAUCGGAGACACACCCGACCCUAAGCUGUCACAAUCAACAAUGGAGCGUGCUUCAGCCAUUCAAUCUGGUUUCGAGGCAGCGCUCGCCGACUCGGAAAAGCACGGCGAGCAACCUGCUGAUGGUGAGACGGAUGUCGUUCCUUCGAUCCCUGACCGUUCGUCAGAGGUGCCUAUCCCAGGUCAGACUGCCACCCAGGACACCAGAUCCCCAGCUGGACUCAAGGGCGACAUUGAGAUAUCUGAGACUUCAACUACUGCCAGCAAGUCUGAGAACACAGACACUGCCGACAACUCUGGAGAGAGCCUAGUCUCCAAGAUCGGCCAAUCUGUCAACAGUGCUGUGAACUACGUGUCUGAAUCCGUUUCGGAGACCGUUCAAGGCACUUCGACGUCUGAGAGCACGGAAUCUAGCCAACAGACAACCAAGCCUCAGAUGACAGACAACAGUGUGCAGACCGGUCAGCAAGAUAUCACCAUCAAGAGCCCCACAGGCGAGCAAGAGAGCAUGACCUUGCAUCUGGAUGGUCGUGCACCUCAACCGGGUAAUGUGGUGGUCAAGGACGGGCAGGAGAUUGUAGGUGAUAUGGAUGAGAGACAUCGUACCGCUACGAUCGGUCAUGGCAUGUAA